UUCUUACAAAAUUGCCAAACAGCUGAGCUGAGUGCAGGACAAGAAAGUUGAAGAAAAGAUGCCUUUCUAUCUUCGGAAGCAGCCCUUUGACAUUCCUCCUCCGACUGAAAAGGACUGGAUUAAAAAAGACGAAGAAGAAAAUUUCUUCCUGAAUGACCCUGAUGAACUCCUAGACUCCUUGCCUCAGCCUUUCUGCAUGAUCAAUAAGAUAUUGAAACACUUGUUUGAAAGAGCCUGGGAACGGAUUGAAGGAAGGCGCCCGUUACAAGAGACAAGGCGGCAAAAUUUCACACCCGUAGAGUGUCACCCUGCAACUGAAUUCAUGGUAGCAGGGAGGGUAAACUGCCUGGCAGCUUCUGAAGGGUACAUCUUUAUAGGGCAUUCCACUGGGAUUUCUGUCUUCAGCACAAUCAUCUGUGAGAACCUUUGUACUUGGGAGGUAACCAGACUUGAGAUUUGCACCAUUCAGGUGUCAGACCUUGGUGGUGCCCCUCAUCUUCUUGGGACAGUGGAUGAGAUGGGUUUUGCGCGUCUUUUUUGUUUUGUCAGGGACAACCUCUUGCAUAUAAAAUCCAUAAACGAAGUGGAAGAUAUCAGCAAACGAAAUGUCUGUGUGGCACUGGAGAUCUCUCACGGGAGUGACUAUGCAGGCUUCCUGCUACAAGGCAACUCUGAGGCUUGGCUGGAGAUUUACCGAUUGCCUAAGGAUUCCUGGCAGAAGGAGACCGAACAUCUCCAUACAAUUACAUUCCCAGGCCCAGGAUUAGUCAAGGAAAUGGGAGUCAGCCAGUUGUCAGUGCAGGAGAAAUCUGUGCAGAAGAGUGUUGAUAUCCAAGCAACCGAAGACAUGGAUUUGCAACAGCUCCUAAGCAAAAUGGAAUCUAAGCUGGUUCCCCCUGUUCUGCUGCUGAAGAUCAGAUCACCCAAACCUCUUUUAGCAAGCAUAUUUAAGAGCCCUUUUGAAGCUAUAAUGAAGAGCGAUGAUGGCAGCAUGAUUGGCAUGGGAUAUAAUACCUUGAUCAGAGACUGCCAGUUGGAGUGGCUGGAGGAGAUUUUUAACAGCAGGUUCCAACAGUAUCUGGAGACAGAGAAUGAGCUGGAGAGCAAAGAGGAAAAACCUAGCUGUGCAAAAUUCCAUUUUCACUUACCUGGCCGCACCUUGCAAACUGGAACUGAAUUAAAAGCUGAGCCAGAUAUGCCUGUCGCAUUCAGUGUUCACUGGAGCAACAGCCACAAUCUUUGCUUCUAUUUCCUGAGUCGUCCACCCAAGGAAAAAGCUGAUUCUGAUCCAAAGCCAGAUAUUGUUUGGCCAUGUGCUGCUCCAAUUGUAUGUUCAAUUGUCAGCUCUUGCUCUUCUUACUUAGCUUUUGCCUGUGAAGAUAGGAUCAUCACUGUGUGGGACAUAUCAGUUGGGUUUCCAUUAUCUGCGAUGGUGCUUCCAGAAGACUACAUUGCACGAAACAUCCAAUUCAUGCCGGGCUCACUACCAUCCAGAGAGAAAACGCCUUGCUGUAAUAAGGAUCCUGUCCAUACCACAGUGCAACUUCUGGCGUUAUGCACAGAUGGCUCUCUUCACCUGCUCACAUCAGGGGCCAGAGAAUUUAAGUCCCAGCUAUUAGGAUUCAGGCCUGAGGUUCCUGAUCAGACCAUCAGUGCUGUGGCAACCAUUCCAACUUUGCCUGAUGCCGUAGUAAUUUUCUUCUGGAAUGGCAUCGUUAAUCUGAUGGAUACCACGACAGAAGAGAUCAUUUGCCAAUUCAUCAUGCCACCUUCAUACAAAGUUGCAUCACCUUGGCAGCCAGUUUUUUCCAUGGAUACAAAUGGCAGGUGGUUGGCUGUUCAAGGGGAUAAGCAGUCUAAGGCCAGCAAAGCAGAAAUGGAAACCAUCUUUAUUUAUGACUUCGACUCCUAUCCUUUCAUGGAAACUUUUGCAGCAAAAGCUCAAAACCUACCUGCUGCCUUUGCAGAAUUGCCCUGGGACAGACGGUGUGAUCUUUUCUUAAGUAACAAUUUGCAGCGGCUGUCCACAGUUAGUCAACAGAUGCCAGAAUGCUGGAACCAGCUGCAGGAAUAUGCAGCUACCUUGAAAAAGAAGAUGUGUGGUGAACUGAAAGUGCAGGAGGAUGGUAAUGAAGAAGUAUUCCAUGCUGAGCCGGUACCUGAAGUACACUCAACAUAGACAGCAGCUUUGCCAUCCGAUUCCAUUUUUGGAUGCUUUCCAAUAGCAUCUAGUCCUCUGCAAGUCAUUUCCUUAUUUAAAAGGAAGGAACAAGGUCAGAAACCAAUAGUGGAAGAAUUCAGCAUGGGAAUAGACUCUCCAGGUGCCUUUGGAGGUUCAAGGGAUAAUCUCUGUUAUUCAGUUCAGAGUAUGAGAGGACAGCAGGCGAUAGAGACCAAACGCCUGGGAAAUUAAGGCAUGUGGUGCUACAGAACAUACAAGAAAUCUCUACCGAGGUACCUGUUUCUCCUCCUUUUUGCAUCUGCUCAGACUUUAAGCCUGCAGAUAAAGCCUACAUUUGGUCAUUCCAUUUUUUAAAAAAGAAAGAUGGACUUGAACAAUAAACGUCAUUACUACUCUUUUUACAAAUAAACAUAGCUGUUACUGAGACAAU